AUGGUAGUUUUAUCAGAAUAUUGUACAUUGCGCAUGCGUGAGGAUGGCAUUGAUGAACGAUACAGUGAGGUGAGUUACCAUGGUUACUUUGUGAUUGGCCAGUUUAACUUGCCGAGGUAGUGGUGGUUUAGUUGAUGCACAUGUGUCGUUCGUCUCUGUUCGACAAGUUGUCUGAUUCCAUGAUUCGCCUCAGUCAGUUGUGAGAAGAGUGCUUCCACUUUGCCAUUCUCUGGAGGUACUUCAGUUUUCUCCUGUAGCAAUACUGGACCAACUGACACCAAAUUCUCCGAACAUUAAAAUCUUGUUAAGAUACGAGCUAUUGAAAACAAGACACAAAAUUCAAUGUUUGAAGGCUCGAAAUAGACCUUUCCCUUAUGAGUGAAAUUUUGAUCUAGACAAGCCUGGACAUAAAUUUCAUCACAGCUUGAAAGAGCAUCACAAAAUUAGUAAUAUUCCGAAGUGUCGUUGCAAAAUGUUGUAAAAUGCGGAUAAUAUAGCCUUGCGAAGUUUGCCGUUUUUCAGUCAUUUUGUAUUACAAACGGGAAAUUGAUAAUCAGAUGAUCAAACUGAUUAUCAAUUUCCCAUUUGUAAUGCAAAAUGACUGAAAAACGGCAAACUUCGCAAGGCUAUAUUAUCCGCAUUUUACAACAUUUCGCGACGAAACUUCGGAAUAUUACUAAUUUGGUGAUGCUUUUUCAAGCUGUGAUGAAAUUUUUGUCCAGACUUGUCUAGAUCAAAAUUUCACUCAAAAGGGGAAAGGUCUAUUGUCGUCUUGAAUUUUGUUUUCAAUGGCUCAUAUCUUCAGUUUACACGAUAUUAGGGCUGUGAUUUAUCGUAUGAUAAAACUAUCCAGUCUAAGUUAUGUUUAUAUUGUUAAUACAUUUUAGACUGGUCCAAGCAACCUUCCUCGAACAGACAUGUUGAAAUUAUUGACGAAAAUAAUCCAAAGUCAUCCUGAUCCAAUUAAAGCUUCUAAAAUUCAA